AAUUAAUAAUAAUUGUUUAGUGUUUUGUUUAAUUAUGUGUAUUGUUAGUGUGUUUUUAACUGUUGUUGAAUCAGCAGCGGGAGUGGAUUCAAAUAGUUGUGCUAGCGUUAAAGUACGCUUUGCAAAACGAGGGUUUGCUGUCUCCGAAUUCCCUGUAGAUCUCAUUGAAGGUGCACAUUUAAGGAUAUGUAAACCAGACACGAGGGGGCGCACAUGUUGUACAGAAGCGCUCGAAUCCAAGUUGACAUCCCACACGCGUCAUAUGUUGGAUACAUCGUUACGAGACACAUUAUCAAGGCUGGCAACAUUACUUGAAACACGAGCAUUUAGAUUUGAUGAAUUUUUUCGAAAAUUACUUUCGAAAUCCAAGCAAGAUUUUCAUGAUAUGUUUAAACGUACAUAUGGUACAAUAUAUUUACAAAAUUCAUAUGUAUUCACGGAUCUAUUUGAGGAAUUAGAAAAUUAUUAUGCAAAAGGACAAGUUGAUCUCACUGAAACGAUGGAUAAUUUUUUUAUCAUUUUAUAUCAACGAAUAUUUACUGUUUUAAAUUCAGCGUAUUUAUUUGACGAUAAAUAUUUAGAAUGUGUUAGUAAUCAUAUGAAAGAAUUAAAACCAUUUGGUGAUGUUCCACAUAAAUUAAGUGCACAAGUUAAACGAUCAUUUGUUGCAACACGAACGUAUGGUAGAGCUUUAGCUGUUGGUGUGGAAGUCGUUAAAGAAAUGCUUAGUAUAAAAUUAAAUACGGAAUGUACACAUGCAGUUAUGCGCAUGCAACAAUGUGACGCAUGCGCUGGACACAGUAAUGUUAAAGCAUGCUCAAAUUUUUGUGUCAACGUUAUGAAAGGAUGUUACGCAUAUUACGCUGAUCUUGAAACGGAUUGGAACAGCUAUGUUGAGGCUAUGGAUAAAGUGGCAGAACGAUUAAUAGGCCCAUUUAACAUUGAAAUGGUUGUUGAACCGAUUAACAUAAAAAUAUCCGAUGCAAUAAUGAAUUUCCAAGAUCGUGGCCCUAAUAUCUCACAACGAGUAUUCCAAGGUUGUGGAACACCGGAUCACGAGAGACGUAAACGUGACGUAUAUACAUUUCCAUCACGUAUAAAACGUGAAGAACCUAAAAAACCAACACCGAACACAAAUCAAGAUUUAUUUGUAGAAAAUACUGAAUUACCAUUAGAUGGCGAUAGUACUAGUGAUCGAUCUCGACGAGGUUCAGGGGUCGAAUUGUCAUUAGAACAUUAUAAUUUUAAUCAUGAGAAAAUUGAAGAAGAUGGUACUAUUGAUUUUGAGGAGGAAGAAGAACCUGGUGUUCCAGAUCCAGAUGUGAUUUUAUUGGAAUCGUUAGUUAAGGAUAUUCGACAAAAGAUUCAAGAAACUAAAUACUUCUGGAAACAUUUACCAUAUCAAUAUUGUAAUAAUGAUGAUAUCUCUGAGAGUCCUGCAAAACAAAAUGCUUGUUGGAACGGAACAGAUGUGGCAAAGUACCUACCAGAAGUUCAAGGGGAUGGAUUAGCUGCUCAAGUUUUGAAUCCAUCAAUUCAAAUAGACACUUCAAAACCCAACAGUGUUUUGAAUGGACAAAUGUUUAAACUUAAAAUGAUUGUAAAUAAAUUAAAAAUGGCAUUCAAUGGUAUGGAUGUUGAAUGGAUGGACCACGAGGAAGCAACAAUUAUGGGAUCCGGAUCAGGUUCAGGUGAUGAUACAGACGAUACCGAACCAGACGGUUCAGGUGAUUCACCAGACAUGGAUCGAGGUUAUCCAUAUCCACCAUCGGUACAAGGUCCAGAUCAUGAUCGAUCGAAUGUGUUUAAAUCAAACAAAGGACAUAACACAACUAAAACAUAUGAUAGUGAAGAAAACACUGUUGGUGCUGCAUAUCGACCGGAAAUGUCAUUAACGCGAGCAUUAGUAACCUAUUUAUGUCCCGUGUUUGUUGUUUGGGUUGGUAGUAUUUUUAAUGAUGUGCUGUGAUUUGUUCUUAUUAUAAUUUAAAAAGAAAACUUUAUAAAA